AUGGGCCUCUUCAAGUCGCCAAACCAAUCUCCCGCGCCAGGCGCACUGCCUCGAUCCCAGACGGGUCAGUCAAUUCGAGGCAAGAUAUCAGGCCCGAUUCCUAUUCCUAGCCCCUCCGACGACGAGUUCCCCAUGCGCAACCCUGGCACCGGUAUCGCCACGACUUUGGCCGCCGCCGCCGACAUGAAGGAGCAGCAGUUGCUUCCUCCGCAGGCCGAACCCAGGGCCGGUUCGAUUGUCUCAGUCGCCCAGCCUGAAGUGACACCUGCCCCGCGGACGGACUCCGUGGUUGCUCCCGCAAGAUCAGCCCGCUCUCGCUCUGCAUCCCCUCCUGCAUCUGCCACACAUGGCAACUCGCCGCAGUCGCAGAGGAGAACAAAUAUCUCCAGCAAUCUGCGCUACUCGGCCGUGAGCGCAUCGUCGGGACAAACUGGUGAGAGUCGCGACCGGCCCCAGCGCAAAAAGUCGACUUUGCGCGGUGCGCUUGGGAAACUUUUUGGCCGCAAGAAGAAGACGGGAAGUCAAGGUUCAGCCGACUCGCAACGCAUAUCGACUUACAACAACGCGUCGAACCAACACAAGAGUCAGGACCUUUCCGCGUUAAGCCGAGUCACCGAAGCCGAACCAAAGCGAUCGGUAUCUUUGCCGAUCACCGAGUACGACAGAGCAUUGAGGUCUCACUCUAUUGGGCCUCAUGAUAUUACUGUCAUUGAAAGCGCGCGCAAUUCGAUCAGCGUCGAUUUAUCUGUGCUGGGUCACAGGAGGGCUGCGACCGCUACCACUAGCCAGAUAUACUCGGCGCCGUUCAGAGGUCGUGAAGGCGAAUUUUCAGGUCUUUCGCCCCGUCCAGCAAGCAGUCACGUGCGCGGGAGUCGACUUUUUGCCGAUAACGACGAUCCCGAGGCAAUUGGGCGGGCAAUUACCAGUGAUGUGGGCCAAAAGCGACGGUCCAGGAGCCUCAGUGGUCUCCAGAGCACUGAGAUUCGCGCUGAUCUCCGACGCAGAAGCGACGAGAUUCGAUACUGGAGAGAAAGUUACGUGCCGACUUUCAUUGCAUCUCCGACAUCAUCCAAUCCCCCGGACCACGAACAUCAAUUCGCGGGCGUGGGCUCCGAGGGCAUGCCGGACUCGCCAGUGGAGCAAGGACAACAGCAGGUGCACACGCCACCUCAGCCAUUCUCCUUUGGCAACUUGACUCACAUGAAUGUCAUGGCUGGCAUGAAGAUCACACAGGCAGCCAGUAUCGAAACACGUAUAGAUACGCUCGAAGAGAGGAUGCACCGCAUGGAAGAUGUUGUAACACGACUCUGCAAUUCGGUUCCUGGUUUCCAGGUGUACGCCAACCCACCACGCCGUCCUGCACCCUCUAUUCCAGAUUCCAAUCCAUCCUCUCAGACGACGACGACUACGGCAGUCAACCCGGUGCUUCAACAGGUGUUGCGUCAGGAUGCAUAUGCGUCUUCGUACGGCAGCUCUGCGCACUCUAAAGAACCCCGUACUUCAUUUGGCGAAGCUCCCACGCACGUGGGCUCUCUGCAAUUCCCUGCAUCAAUGAACAGACCGAUGUCGAACUCCACUCUCCGGGGCGUAACCAGCUUACCUGCGAUAUCGCAUCUUGAGACGAGCAGAGCGACAGGAACGUUCACGGCAGAUCAUUACACGACGCUUCUCACACUUUUAGAGACAGAAAGAGCCUCCAGGAAAGCCCUCGAGUCUCAAGUGAAGAAGCUGACAAGGCGCGUGAACAUACUUUCAGGGCCCGUCGGCCCUGGUCGCAUCUCCUUGCAGAUGGAGCCGCCGCCAACGGCCAAGUCUUUUGGCAGCGUUUCGGCAUUCGACCAGGACUCGUCCGACGACGACGCUUUUUCCAGGAAUCGACGGUUCUUGGCCGAAGACUCGGGCGUCGGGACUGGUCUUGGAGACGAUGACUCGUAUUCGGAAGUUUUUGCGACGCCAAAGGAAGAGUACCCGUACGGUUACGGCGCGUUUGGAGAAGAAUUACACGACGAAAUCGAAGAUCCCCAACGCAAGAAGGCAGCCAGGACCUUGUCUCUGAGCCAGAUGACGUUGAGCAAGAAGACUUCCAACACGGCAGUACGAAUUUGA